GGCCUCCCCACCCGCCCGCGGCCACACGCACGAGGGAGCCGCAUGGCCGCUCGCACUCCGCGUCCUCUCCUCCUUCAUCCUCCUCCUUCUCCUCCAUCCCCGUCCUUCCUCGGCGUUCGUCCCGGGCACCGACGCGGGACGAUGCCCGAGCAGUGAGCGGGUGGGCGAGCGACGACGACGAUGACGACGACGCUGCUGCUGCUUCGUGCGGCCUCGACCCAAUGUUGCUGCUGCGGUGUCGGCGGCGGCGGCGUCCUGGAGCCGGCGAUGCUCGCGUCUCGGAGGGCAUCGUCACUGGGCGGCGCGUGGACGCAGCUUUUGCCCGGGGCAAGGUCACCGUGCAGCGGCUGGGGCGAGGGUUCGCGCGGGGCCAAAUCCCUGCUCGUCUGGGGACCGCCUUUAGCCGGGACGAGGUCUCACUGCACCUGGCGGUGGUGGACGCACCGAACGAGUCCCGCGCCUUCGCCGCGCCUCUGCCACGAACGGAGUCUUCACGUCCGUCCUGGUGCGAGUCGCAGCCCGAGCGGGGCCGUGAGCCCGCGGCGCGGUCAGGUCAGGGGGCUGUCGAGGGGUGACGGCGCCGGGGCGAAGAGGCGAGAGGAGGGCGGCCGCGCAUUGGCGGAACGAACGCAGCGCGGAGCCGGGCCCGCGACCACAGCGCAGAAAGUGAAGGAUGCAGGCCGAGACUUGACGUACCUCGGAGUCAUUCUGCUAGGUGUCGGGCUCACUGGCGCCUUGCUCUACCCAGUGUUCAUGGAGCUGUUCUCCUCCUGGAGUCCCAACAGAGUUUACACAUCUGCCUUGGGACGCUGCCGAGACCACCCUGAGGUCAUGGCUGCCCUUGGACUGCCGAUCAGUGGCUACGGGGAGACGACGCGCCGUGGCCGAAGGCAGCAUGUCAGCCAUUUGGAGUUCGAGCAGGAAGGAGUGAAGCACAUGCGUGUCAAGUUCUACAUUAGUGGUAGCGAGCCGAUGGCAAAAGGCACAGUCCACGCAGAGGUGGUGCAGACUCCAAAAGGCAAGUUUGAGUUUCGAUAUCUGUUUGUGGAGCUGGAGACGUAUCCAAGACGCAUUAUAAUCAUAGAAGACAACCGCUAAUAUUCAACACACGGAUGCACAGACACAUGAACAUGGCACACACCUGCUUUUCGAACUUUGGAAUGUUUAAUUUGACAGUACAAAACCACGUGUACACACAUGCACUAUCUUAUGUUCUGCUUGUAAAAAUGCAGUAUAUGCACAAAUAUAACUAUAAUUUUACAAAACAUGUUUGAGCCAAAAGGAAUUUAUAACAUUUUUGUUCAAAUAACUUACACACUUGAUUUAUAAAAUGCAGAACUUGAAUGUGUGAAACAGAAAAUAAAGCAAACAACAUAUGCCUAACAAAACAAAGAUUCUUGAUCUGGUGUUCAUUGAAAUAUUAAGUAAUUUUAGAAACUGUAAUUGGGUGGUGAAAUGUAAAAUAUACUUAAGAAGAUGCUGUGAUUCUAUGCUGCAAUGUUUACACCUCAUUAAGGAUCCUUGAGCCCAUAAUAGUAAUAAAGGCACAUGUUACAAUUCACAGAAAAUUGUCUAAAGCUGUCCUGCUUUGCCAAGACUGGCGUUCUACAUCGGUGAAUAUUAUGCCAGUAGGGUUACAGUAUUGCAUCCCUGUUUCCUUUAAGGCAUCGAUAUGGUACGAAACAUAAACAUGUUAUCCACUGUAUGCAUUUUAUCCCCUGUAAUACAAUUAACUUCACCUGCUGUGGGAAGAUUAAGGAACGCAAGUGGAUCAGUUACACCACAUGCCUUGUGCUCUUUCUACAUCCUGGAUUUAAUGCAACAUGCAAUGUCGUCCCCACUGAAAUAAAAUAAUUACUGAAGCAUUUUAA